ACACAUACACCUGCUCUCUACAGAAGUUGGUGCUACUCAGGCUUAAUUCAUUUUAAUUUAUCCGGACUGUUUUUGCUAAUUACCACUUUAAACCCAAGCUCUUUAAAGAGAAAUGUCAUUUCCGAGAUUCACUAAGUGCACCGCUCCUCACAACCGGGCUCUCAUCGUGUCGGUGGAGAACUUCAGCGCAUGCGCAGGACUUGAAAAGCGGAGAGGCGUGAAAUGGGACACGAAGCGUCUGCAUGCGACCCUCAGCCGGAGGGGAUUCUGCGUGAGGAUCCUGAUGGACCCAGAAGCGCAUGAGAUCAUCGAGGCAUUUGAAGCAGAGAGUGAGCAGUCAGUGCACAGCUGUUUUGUGGGUGUGUUAUCGAGUCAUGGAAAGGAGGGAGUGAUAUUCGGAUCAGAUGGACGCCCUGUCAGGCUCGCACAAAUAUACAAACCAUUUGGAGGGCCAGAGAUGGCUGCCAAAAAGAAAGUGUUCCUGAUCCAGGCUUGUCGAGGCAGUGAGCUGGAUGUUGGUGUUGAGGUUGAAACAGAUGGCGUAGACUCGUCUGAAGUCGAUGGAGAUGAUAUAUAUGAAUAUCAGUCAAUUCCUAAUGAUGCUGUGGUUGCUUAUGCUACAGUUCCAGGUUACAGUGCCUUCAUGCACCCGAGCGGCUCGGUGUUUAUGCAGAUGUUCUGUGAUCUGGUGGAGGAGUGUGAGGGAUGGGAGAUCACACGGUUUCUGACUCGCUUGAAUCAGCGUGUAGCCUUUGAGUUUGAGGCGAGAGGAAAAGCGCUCCAGGGCAAAAAGGAGAUGCCAUGUUUCAUCAGCCGCCUCACCACUGACUGUUACCCGUUCGCCAACACUCUCAGAGUUUCGGCCACGGAGCUGCUCCAAGACACACGCGGUAAUCGCAAAAACUCAAUCAGCUGAACUCACACCUGAGCUACACACUGACUCGUUUUGUUCAGUUUGUCUAUUUAAAGACUUCAGGACACCUUCGUAAGGAAAUAAAUCUCAUGUUGGUGCUGUACAGUGAUAUGUUGGUUACUGUGACUACAGGAACAUCAAUAUGGUGAAUUACAGGGUUAUGGAUGCAAUAUUAGUGAGCAUAUAUUUGUGUCACACUACCUGUAUGAGCGUAGUGUUGGUGAAACAGAGUGUUUGCACGUAUUUAACAAAUGCUGUACAUUUUUGCAGAAAACUUUAUACAUAAUAAUGAUACAGUACUUGAAUAAAAGAAUACACAUAUACUGUAAA